AUGGAGAGUGCCUACCUCAGAAAAUCCCUGGGCCCUUGCUUAGCGGAAGGCCUUGCUGAAAUUGCGGAACAUCGACCAUCAGAUCCCAUACUGUACCUGGCCCACUGGAUUUACAAAUAUAAAAAGAAUAUGAUUGAAGAACUGCAGAGGAAAUUGGACAGGGAAGAACUGGAGCGAGAGCGGGAGGAGGCUCAAAAAGAAGUGGAAAUGUUAGAAAAAAUGAAAGAAGAAGAACUUUUGAUUCAACAAAAGCUGGAAGGAGAGAGACAGGCCCAGAUGGAACGAGAACAGGAAGAACGGGACAAGAUUGAACGAGAGAAGGCAGAGGAGCUCUUACUGGAGCUGAAACGACAGGCAGAUUUGGAGGCGAAGAUUGCAGCUGAAAAGGAGGCGACUUCAAAGACUUUGGCUGAGCUAACUGACAAAUACGGGGCUCCUCAUCUGACUAGGGUUGAUGAGAUAGAUGAAAUGGAACAGUCUGAACAUGCCAUGACUGCUUUGGCUGACUCUGAGGAAGAUCAAUAAUCCUUUUGCUGUAGAUUCCAGAAAUGUCAUGACUUUCUGCGAACACAGAUGAUCCACGUCAAGGAGACUUAG